GUCAUUUGAUUCUGAGUAUAUUGAAAUGGAUGAUAAAAAAUGUAUGUAUAACCAAAACUUUAGAUUAUACUUGAUGACUAAACAAACUAAUCCAAAAAUUACUACAUCCAUCUACUCCAAUUUGACUGUCAUAAAUUGUUCAAUCACACAAGAAGGAUUGGAAGGUCAGCUACUUAAUUUGGUUAUCAAACAAGAAAUAAAAGAAGUAGAAGAUAAGAAAGAAUUAAUUGUAAAAAAUAUGUAUCAACAUAAGGAAGAACUUGAAGCAUUUAAAAAUUUGUUUAUAAAAGAAAUCAUAAAUUGCGAUGAACCUUUGAUUGAUAAUCCACACCUUUCGAAUAAACUCGAAGAUAUAAAAUUAAAAAUUAAUUUAUGUUCUACAGAAUUAAAAUUGUCUAUUGAAUCAAUGACUUUAAUUGAUCAGUCUAGAGAUAUUUACAAAUCUGUAUCACAAAAAGGCACAUUGUUUUAUAUGUCUCUUUAUGGAUUAAAAGAUAUUGACCCAUUAUAUCAAUUUUCACUUGAGUCAUUUAUGAAAUUGUUUUUAAAUUCAAUUGAUUUAGCAAAAAAAGAUCAAAAUGUAUCGAACAGGAUAUCAAAUAUUAUCAACCAACUAACAAAUGAUGUUUUUGAAUUUAGUAGUAUCAGUAUUUAUGAAAAACACAACUUAUUAUUUUUAUUUCAAAUAGCGUGUACUUUGGAUAAAGAUGCAGGACAUUUGUUGAAUUCCGAAUUAAUAUUCUUCAUCAAAGGUAAUAUUAUAGGCUCUGAAAAUGUCACUAUAAAAAAUCCAACAACAUGGUUAUCCAAUGAGUGUUGGCAAAAUGUUGUCAAUUUAAGCACGAGCUUUAAAAAUUUCUCGAAUUUGAUUGGACAUAUUAGUAAUAACAUUAACAGUUGGAAACAGUGGUUUUAUUCAGAAUAUCCAGAGUCUAAAAAUACUAUACCUAUCAAAAUGAACAAAUAUUUCGAUGUGUUAAUGCUAAUAAGAUGUUUUAGAACUGAUCGAGUGUAUCAAUCUGUUGAAAAUUACGUUUAUAAAAUAAUUGAAGUGAAUAAUGAGAGCUGUAUCAAUAAAAAAAAUACAAAUCUUGAAGUUAUACAUAAACAAUUUUCAAAUUUAACUCCAUGUGUUUUGAUUUUGAAUAACGGAUCAAAUCCGGCUAAAGACCUGACUAAUCUUGCAGAAAAAAAUGAUAUAACUGGUCCUACGUUCAAAAUUCUUUCAUUAGGAACUUUCAGUGACGAUGUUAUUUAUUUAGCUUUAAAAUCGGCAAUGUACCGCGGAAAUUGGUUGAUUGUUCAAAACUGUAAUUUUUCUGUUCGUUUUCUGUACGGUAUUGAAUAUAUAUUAGAGCAAGCAAAUGAAAGCUGGCAUCCAAACUUUAGAUUAUGGCUUAUAUUUAAUGGAGAUUCAUCACUGAGUGAUUCAUUUCCAAUAUCUCUUUUGCUCAGGUCAUUAAAAGUUAUCAUUGAGCCUUCAAAUCAUAUGAAGAUGUGUAUGCAGAAUGCUUUAGAUAAAUACAAUGUUGACGACCAAGAUGACAAAAAUCUUCAUCCUGCUUUCAAAUCUUUGCUAUAUGCUUUACUAUUUUUCCACGGAAUAUUAUUAGUAAACUCUUAAGACUAAAUAUUCUUAACUAUAAUCAAUAACAUAACAUACAUUUUAAACUUAAUUAUAUUUUAGGAACGUAAAAAGUAUAAUAAA